AUGGGAGUUUCCACAGAUGGUCUCUGUGUUAACUGCAAUUCUCAUCAAGAAACUAGAAACCACCUAUUUUCUAACUGCUCCAUGGCUGCUCGUCUAUGGAAUUCUAUCUUAAAUCUGAACGGGAUGAAUCAGAAUUUUUCGACAUGGGAAGGAAUGGUAUCUCGUGCUUGCUUAACUUGGAAGGGGAAGUCUCUACUCACCACCAUUUUGAAGAUCUCGUGGAAUGCGUUUAUCUAUUACCUAUGGCAGGAACGGAAUCAGAGAAUAUUUCAGGCUCGUUUUCGGGAUGUUGUUGUUAUUCUUAAAGACAUCAUUGAUACUGUUGGUAUUCGACUUAGGGACAAAGUUAUUAACAGACUAGAAUACCAACUCUAA